UUGACUCCCAGUCUCAUCGUCUCGAUCUUCGGUUCGGUGAUCUGCGCAUGCCUAGCCUGAGGCAGUGCAGCACUUUAGCUGUUGCCACGAAGAUGAAGAUGAGCAAGGCCCCUGUGCUCCUGAAGAAGGCGGUGACGAUGUGCAAGAGCAAGACCGGCGUGCUCGCAGCCAGGCUCCUCUUCCUCGCCUCGCUCCGGCGCAGGAUGGCCACCGUCGGCGUGAUGUCUCACAAGAUACACGCGCUCAUGGCGGCCGCGGACCGGGCGAAGGCGGGAGGGGACUGCCACAAGGCUGUCGUUUCGCGCAAGGUCGAGAAGACGCUUCCAGCGAUCCAUGGCGGUGAGAUCGUUGAUCUCACGCAUCAAUUGGCACUGUUUUGUCAAGAGAAGGAUGUUGGUGGUGGCUUCCCUGACUGGACGCUGCACCCCAUCUUCAAUGACGAUGACAAUUGCUGUUACGUCGACGAGCCCUCGGUGAUAGAUGUGAUCAGGAGCAACAUGGAAGUCCAGGGGUUGGAGUUCAACAUGGAAGAUGAGAUCGACCAAGCCGCCGAUAUGUUCAUCAGGAGGUUCCGGGAGCGAAUGAGCAAGAGCAUUUAGUGACCUGCUCGUUUUUCAUCUAUACCUGAUUGCACGGCCGACACAGAAGUGUACUAGUCGCGAGGGAGAACGUUAGAUUGAUACUGUAGCAUAUAGUAGGGGGCAGACUAAACAAAACUUUUCCGGGCACCCACAAAUUAGUUUUUUUUUUGAGAAAUAGCAACGCGUAGUACAAUUAUGUAAGGGGUAGCAGAUAUUUAAACAUAAUUUUUUUGGCGGAUUUGCUCAA